UUUUCUACGAACAGUGUAAACCUGCUUUGACAUGUAUAGCCUACAGGGCCAGGCGGGAUGAGCGGGUGUUUACAGAAAAAGCAACCCGGUAUGAUUGAGUCAUUCAUUGUGUGUGUUCACAACUGCAUGUGCGUUUCUCAACAAAGCUGAAAAGGGUCAGAGAAACGAAAAAUCAGGCAUAACAUUUUUGAUACGUGACUUUUUAGUCUGACUGUAGUGUUACCUGUGAACACUGUCGUAUAUUGAAACGUUGGUAUUAGUGAGUUGUAAAGCCUUCCAGAGUGAAAUUUUAUAAGUUAUCUUAUUGUUACUGUUAGCGAUUCUUCAUUGUUUGCUCAAUGCGGCCCGACACUUUGUGAGGAGAACUUCGUAAUCGUAUACGCGAACAUUGGGUAACAAACUGUAGGAAAUCAAGACGAGAAAAAGCUACCUGCGCGCCCCGGCAACAUGGACCCAGACUCUCCGCCAAACAUAAUUGUUCACGACUACGGGACUUUACCGAGAAUCGCUCACGAGGCAGGCCGUCCAAAGCUCCCUCCCCUCGGUGAGAUUCUGAAGACGAUCCCGCUGGAAGAGUUCCUACAGAAGGACAAGACCGACGCCGAACAGAACGAACAGAAAGUGCGGUGGUUCCACGGGAAGAUCAACCGGGAGACGGCCGUCCGUGUCUUGCGAGAGAACGGUAACAGGCAGGGAUUGUUCCUGGUCCGGGAGAGCGGCGCGGACGCCCCCGGUGAAUUUGUCGUGUCGGUUCUUCACGCUGGCCAACCCUACCACUUUCAGAUUCACAGCCACGGGGAUAUGUACUACCAGCUUGUGGAAGGUCCACUCUUCCAUGGCUUGGUUGCCUUGAUUGAUUUCUACAUGGAUGGAGCCCACGGACUGAAAUCCAAACUAGGGGCAUUCUGUAAGGGAGAAGCCCCACCUGCCAAAACCAGAAAAAGCGGCUGGACCACACCUCUACACAGGGCUGUCUUGGAGGGCGACCUAGACAUAGUUCAUCGGAUUCUGAAGAGUUCGUUGUGCUCUCCGCUGGAUGCUCGCGACGCUGAUGGGCGGACGGCUCUCCACUGUGCCGCCUGGCAAGGACUCGCCGAGAUCGCCGAGGCGCUCAUUGAUGCUGGUGCCUGUGUGGAUUGCAAAGAUGGAGACUCUGUCACGUCGCUCUACUCCGCAUGUCUCCAUAACCAACCUCGUGUGUGUAAGCUACUCCUUUACCGAGGUGCUGACCCUACCAUCCGCCAGCCCACUACCGCAUUCGUACCGCUCCACGAGGCGGCCAAAAGCGGCCACACCGAGUGCGUGCAGGAGUUACUGAAGGCUGGUGCGCCCUGUCACCCUCGGAGUCUUGACAAUGACACGCCGCUUGAUCUGGCCAGGCGAUUCAAUCGCCAGAAAACUAUCAAGGCUCUAGAGAGUUACCGGCCUCCCUGUCCACCUACCAUCAGAAGUUACUGGGAUCACGGGAGUCUAUCCCAUAGCAUGGCCAUGGACGUCAUUGAUAAGCAAGGAGCUCAAGACGGACAGUUUCUAGUCCGUAGCUUCUUCUCGCUGACUAUGGCAGCCAAUGGCAACAUUUAUAACUUUGACAUCAACCAAAGGAACGGUCGCUUCUUCAUCGACGACGGUCCAUAUUUCGACUCCAUCGAGCACCUUGUCGACUACUACAUGCGCUAUGAUGACGGCUUCCAUGUGCGUCUCACACUCCCUAUCAGCCCAAACACCUGCACACCAAACCAUUAUGAAGCACCAAGCCAAUAUCUCCCCAUGGCACCGGUAAAGAUGGAGGAGCACCCACCGGUGCCUACAAGACCCUUGCCCGGCUCAUUACCGGCUUGCCAGGAAGGGUCUCGGCCCUCUAGCCCGCCACCACCCCCCACCAAGCAGUCUACAUCCCGGAGACUCUCCUACGUGACGGUAAGAUACUUGAAUGUCGACGAAGAAGUUCCCUGUCCAGCCUCUCCAUCCACGCCUAGUCUUCCGAAGGACGUGCAAGCAGAGAGCCCAGCACCUACUAGCGAGUGCCAUGAGCUCCAUGAAGAGUUUUCUCCCAUCCGAAGGAUCCGCCGUUGUGGUCGGCUCUUCGCUGUCACCAAGGAUGGAGAAAAACGUCGGGCCUUGCUAGCAGCUGCGCUGUGUGCUGAACAAGAAACGGGGCCAGCACCAUAAACGCCAGCAAACACAACCAUGGUAUCCAGGGAGGUGGAGCAUCAGCAGCAGGAGGAUGAGUAAACAGAUCAGCAGCCGUGAACUGCAUGUUGCGAACCAGUAACUCCCUCUUGAAAGUUCCCUCUUGAAAGUUUCUACCUGAAUCUAGGUUUAGAUUUGACAUGGUACUUUCCGGGUCAAAUUGGCACUUCUCCGAGUCACUUUUCCAGGACAUUAAUCGGCAGGGGGAGGGGUAAACGGGAAUAGGGCACUCGCGUGACACCAUCUUCCUACUGGGGUACUGGUCAAAACUGACGAUCAUGGACAUGCACUAUUGGACAAUAGGUGGCGCUAAGGUCUAUAUCACAUUAUAUAUUAGAAUUAUUUGCAAUUAUCAGAAAAAAUACUGGUAAUUGACACAAGUAAAUAAAUUUUUUUAAAACAUUUUAGCAACGCCAGCUGCACCGGUAUUUUAUUCGUUGCAGUUUACACAGUUUUACAAUAUACAUGUGCAUGUUUAUUGGACACCUAUUUUAAUUACGUGCAUUUUUCAAAUUUAAGAUCAAUAAGUCACGUAUAGGCUUAUAUUCAUUAAAAAAAAUUUCUCUUAAUUGAUUGGUUGAUACUCCACAUCCAAAGAAUAGCCAGGGCCCUGCCGUCCGUGAAAUCUAAAAUAUACCAUUAAUCACUACUUAUAAGGGUUUCACUCUCCGGGUGCCCCAUAAGUCGCUAUCUGCGGUGUACACUCCUACAGGUGCACAAAACACGUUUCAAGCAAAACAAGUGAUCAGAUACUUGCAUUAAUUACGCAAGUUCAAAGGGUCCAGCCAGGACCAUGUGGGGAGCGUACGUAUUAUGAUAAAGGAUUCCUUAACUGCACGAUACGCCCUCACUGAGGACAGGUUAAUAACGCUUCUACGUGCAUUAGUACAAAACAAAUACCACUCAUGGGAUGUGACGUCACGUGCAAGGGCUUUAUAGUAACCAAGAAUGUGUACAAAUGUAUGUCCUUCGAACUUGUGUUUUCGAUUAAAUUAAAAGCGUCAUUUAGAAUUCAAUUAAGAAUCUAAUAACUAUAUGCACGUAUAUGAGGAGAUUGAAGGUGGUAGUUAAUGUACUUUACUUCAGAGGGAAGAUUAAGGCAUUUCUAUUUUCUUCGACGACUCAACUCAUGUCAAUAAGUACUGAUUAAAAGACUGAGGAGGUCUUUAUUUAAAUCAUGCAAGAUACUAUUUUGGACAGAGGCCCUUUUGUGAGAUAUUUUGAAGGAAAAAAAGUCAGCUAUAAAAAGUAAGCAUUCACAAGUACUGUUCUAAUAAUGACAUUUACAUUUAUUUGUAUUUACAUCAAUAAAAAGCUUUUAAAACUGUGCAGCCUACAUUAUUUACUGGUUACAGCAGUGUGCAUCAUGCAAAAUUGAAGGAAUAUUUUGUAACAAUAAAUAGUACCUAUAGUGGGCAGAAUCCGCCUGUACCCUUACGUCAUCGUUUUUAACAAAAAAAA